ACACACACAAAUAUUUGCUGUUAAUCACUACUGUCCCAUCCUCCUCCAGAGUCCAGACUCGUCUACAUAUGAAUAUACUAUAACAAUAAUAAUGUUUACCUCUCUAUAUAUACUCAUCAUUCUUUCUCACUCUUUCGAUCCCAAAAUUUAUUCUUUUUCGAAUUGAUCCUAUUUUUUAAAUUAGGGUUUUCAAUUUCAAUCUUAAUUUGGUCACUUAUUCUAAUUCAAUCAAUCAUGCCGAGCCCCAAGAAAAAGAUGGGAUUCUUCUCUUCGAUGACUUCCAGCUUAUCCAUGUUCAGUAACGCCAUGCAUAGAUCUGUCAAUGGGUUUAUAGGCUAUGAAAAUCUGGAAGUUGUAAACCCUGAGGGAGGUAAGGAUGAUGCUGAAGAAGAAGCACAUAAAGGAAGAUGGAAACAAGAGGAGAGAGAUAGCUACUGGAGAAUGAUGCAGAAGUACAUUGGGUCUGACGUGACAUCAAUGGUAACUCUGCCAGUUAUAAUCUUUGAGCCUAUGACUAUGCUCCAGAAAAUGGCAGAGUUAAUGGAGUACAGCCACCUGUUAAAUCAGGCUGAUGAAUGUGAAGAUCCUUAUAUGCAAUUGGUUUAUAGUGCAUCCUGGGCAAUAUCUGUAUACUACGCUUUUCAGCGCACCUGGAAGCCUUUUAAUCCCAUUCUUGGUGAAACCUAUGAAAUGGUCAAUCAUAAUGGGAUGACCUUUAUUUCAGAGCAGGUGAGUCAUCAUCCCCCUAUGAGUGCUGGACAUUGUGAGAAUGAGCAUUUUACAUAUGAUGUGACAUCAAAGCUGAAGACAAAAUUUUUAGGCAACUCUGUUGAUGUUUAUCCCGUUGGAAGGACACGUGUCACUCUCAAAAGAAGUGGUGUAGUGUUGGAUCUGGUUCCGCCUCCUACUAAAGUUCACAAUCUAAUAUUCGGCCGGACCUGGGUGGAUUCACCUGGUGAGAUGAUAAUGACCAAUUUAACCACUGGAGAUAAAGCUGUGCUGUAUUUUCAACCAUGUGGUUGGUUUGGGGCUGGUCGAUAUGAGGUGGAUGGUUAUGUAUAUGAUGCAAAUGAGGAGCCUAAAAUAUUGAUGACCGGCAAAUGGAAUAAGUCAAUGAGCUAUCAACCAUGUGAUGUGGAAGGGGAACCACUACCUGGCACAGAAAUGAAAGAGGCUUGGCAUCUUGCAGAUACUCCGAAAAACGACAAAUAUCAAUAUACCUACUUUGCCCACAAGAUAAACAGUUUUGAUACAGCCCCCAAGAAGUUACUGGCAUCAGAUUCACGUUUACGACCUGAUAGAUAUGCUCUUGAGAUGGGUGAUUCAUCCAAGUCUGGUGCUGAAAAGAGCAGUUUAGAGGAGAGGCAGAGAGCAGAAAAGAGAAAUCGAGAAACCAAGGGUGACAAUUUCACUCCCAGAUGGUUCGAUUUGACUGAAGAUGUUGCAACUACCCCCUGGGGUGAUAUGGAGAUUUACCAGUACAAUGGUAAAUACAAUGAGCAUAGGGCAGCUAUAGAUAGCUCCGAUAUUGUUGAGCUAGAAGAUGUGAAAACCACGGAGUUCAACCCUUGGCAGUAUAGUGAUUUAUCUGGUGAAUGAGAAAUUCUUUGCGUCAUCGUCUCAACUGCAAAUUAUAGGAAUGGCAUAUGAAGUUAUCCAAAGGAUGAUAUAAUCUCUCCUAUCAGGCAAUCUCAAUGCUACCAGCGGGGUAGAUAGAAAAUGUAUCCUGCAUUAAAUUGUAUAAACUCAUUAUUGAAGAUGAUUUCUUCGAACAGAAUCAAUAGUGCUCCCCUAUUAAGUUGGCUGUAUGUUUUUUACCUUUUUCAUUUAAAGUAGUUAGCUAGUGUUUUUUACCUAUCUCAUUUGCGUAUUAUUUGUUUGAUUACUGUAUUCAUAGUUGACAGAACUAUCUGUUUAUUGAAGAAUUACAUACAAGGUUUAUAGUCUUUGGCUUUUUGAAGCAACUAGUGGAAGAAUUCCUUGUGUAAUACUUCGUAUUAUAAUGUCAUGUCUUCAUGUACUGAUAUUUACCUGGUCGUUGGUUUUAUUCA